CUUUACAGUGGAAUGGCAGUCCACUGACUUGCAAAAAAAAAUGCCCGUAUCGAAUGCCACCAGCAAAUGGCAUAAUAGACCCAAGUAGUGAUGAUCCAAUUGAGUCAGAAUACAUUCCCGGGGAUGUUGUCCGCUUCAGAUGUAACGAAUGCUAUACAAUCGGUUCUGAUGAAUCGGGUCUUAUGUCAGACUCUGCCGUUUGCUUGAACAAUGGCGAUUGGAGUGAUCCGGUGCCAACUUGUGAACGUAUGAGAUGUAUACCCAUGUUGGCACCAGCAAAUGGUGGCCGAUCACCAGAAUCAGGAAACAACCUUUGCAAUGAUCCACCUAUUCAUAU